GCACGAACAUUUACGUGUGAAUCAAGCUCAUUGUAUUUUUUCGUACGUAACGCUACUAAUUGGCUAACUGUACCGAGUGUGAACGAGUCGUUUAGUAAGUUCAAGAUUGUAGUCAUUUGGACAUUAGAGCUCAAAAAUAACCAGUCAACAGGAAGAAUCAUGUGAACUUUAGAGAAGCUGUCCACAGCUGGUGGUUGUUGGUGAAAAUGUUAUUUAAAAAGUUUGCCCUAGGUGAGGCUCGAACUCACAACCACGGCAUAGCAUAGAGUACUGUCAUAUAAGUACCGUGCGCUAACCAAUUGCGCCACUAGGGCCUGGGAAUCUUCGGCAAGUUGAUCUACAGUACCAUGAGAUUUGGGGAAGAUUCACGAUUUGACUUUGAACUAAACUGUGCAGUAAAACUGACCUAUUAACUAAAGAUGGGUUGAUAAUGAAUUCCCACUACUUCUAUUGAACGAUAUUUGCCAUACAUGCUGAAUUGCACCCCUGACGUAGAUAUGAAAUGUCACAAAAUAGAAAGUACACCAUACAGAGAUAAUAAUUGCUUUAGGUCUCUUUGACAUAGGUAUUAAUGACACUGCUAUUGUCUUUGUUGAGCCAACCUGUUAGGCAAAUUAAAUAAAUAAAACAGCAGCCGAGGCAUUUACUUCUCAAAUUCUGGACUUCUGGUCUGUCAUGUCACGGUUUGUGUCGUCUGCAAGGACUGUCUACGUGUUUGUUUAUAUUGUAUUAUUGGCAACCGGUCGAGAAGGAUUCGCGAGCGGGUUCCAAAUGGAUGAUUGUCACAUUCUCGUGAUAAAUUAAAGAUUAUGGAAGGCGAAGUGCGACCGCUUCUUUUGGAUUCACAAUGCAGCCCAAUGUUCAUUCUUCCAUGGGAUCCUUUACGCGCAAAAAAAAGUGGUAUUAUGAUUCUCGUGUCCGUCACAUUGGAGAGGUUGGCAUAUUUUGCAGUUGUUAUGAAUUUAUUUCUUUAUCUCAACAAAGGUCAACCUGAGAUUCAAUCAUGGGAACCUAUUGAAGCUCUAACUGCAGUAUAUGUUAUUCAUGGUGUUUCUUGUAUUUGUUCUCCCAUUGGUGGCUGGUUAUCAGACUCAUUCAUUGGGCGAUACUGGGCAGUCAUUUUAGGUUCUUUAGUUUACAUAACAGGCUAUACUUUUUUGACAGCCCUUUCUGUUAAUGGGUUAACAUCAAUGGGCUGUGACUGGAAGACUGAAAAUGAUAGCCUUAUUAGCAAUACCAACUUUCAUUGGCUAAUUUUGGGCAAAGAAUCCCAUCCUUGUUCUGCCCAUGUUUAUGUCACCCUGGUUUUGAUUGGUUUCGGAAUAGGUUUCUUAAGAGCUAAUGUUCCACCUUUUGGGGCAGAACAAGUCAGAGCUGGAGGUGACCAUGCUGUCAGACAAUUUUUUAAUGCAUAUUACUGGUGUGUUAAUGUUGGUGGAUUCAUUGGAAUUGGUGUGUUGGCAUACGUGGAACAAAAUGUGGAAAAUGGGUUUUUCAUCUCAUAUCUCGUGGCAACUACUGCCUUGUGUGCAUCUCUCGUAAUUUUCUGUGCCGGGAAAGGUUUCUAUAUUGUGCAUAGACCGGGGAACGCGGUGGUUAUCAAUUGCUUUCGAAUAGUUGGUGAAGGAUUGUACAAUACGUGCAAGAAACAAGACAGUGUUCAAGGUUCUCCUAUGUUUCGACGGCAAUCCCACCAGCCAGUCUCCCUUGUUGCGCUUAAGGGCUCGUGUUGGAUCGAUCGGGCAAAAAUUUCUCAUGGGGGUUCUUUCCACGACACCACGGUAGAAGAUGUGAAGUCGUUUUCCAAAACUCUGGUCUUCAUUUUUGUGCUACUGCCUUACUGGUUAGUCUAUUUCCAGAUGUCCACCAGUUUUCAAGCCCAAGGCCUUCAUAUGAAUCUUCACCUUAACAGAAGUAGCGCGACUGACUUUCAGAUUCCUGCAGCUUGGUUAACCCUGUGCGACGAUGCAUUUGUCAUAUUGCUGAUUCCUAUUUUAAACCUGGUCGUCUACCCGUUCCUGGACAAGAAAAAUAUAACAACGGUUCCCUUAUGUCGUAUAGUUGUAGGAAUGAUUAUAAGCUUGAUCGCCGUCAUUGUGGCUGCUCUUGUUGAACAUCUUCGCUUGGAAGACUGGAGACAAGGGAAUUCUAUCAACCAAAUUAUAAGUAAUACCAACUACAACGCAAGUGCCAUGUCCAUCUUGUAUCAGAUACCUCAAUAUUGUUUGAUCGGAACGGCUGAAGUUUUUGCCGGAGUUGCAGGACUGGAAUAUGCCUAUACAACAGCUCCACGUACUUUCCAGGGCAUCGUACUCGGUCUCUAUUCAGCAAUAGAGGGUCUGGGAUCCUUUCUUGGCAUUCUACUUGUUCACAUAACUCGUUCUUUGCAGCUAGGCUGGAUUGAAAGUGAAGUUCGCUUUAAUCAAGGUCAUUUGGAUUACUUCUUUUACCUCCUUGCAGUCAUUCAGUCAAUUGUUGUCGUCGUGUCCGGACUAGUAAUGUGUUUAAGGUAGGUGGGAACCGCCUCGACGAAAUGUACACGUGGAAGAAACUCUUGUCGCAAGUGCGUUGCAUAGCGAAUAUUACCAAUCUAUUGAAACCCAACCCGUCCCAGAAUCGCCAGUGACCUAAAUGUCAAUAAUUGUUAUGCAUUUUGGACGUUUUUCCUCGUUUUCGUUAUUGUUACUACUUUAAGCGCAACUAUAACAUGAACUCACGUACUCUCCUUUAAUUGUAAUUUGCCAUAUAGGGAAGAAAAAGGAUUUGUGAUUUAAA